CUGCAAGUACAAGUUUUAUCUUUCAAGGAACAUCUCUCUCUUGCUCUCUCUCAAGACUGCCUCAGGCCAAUACAACUCUUUUAUCUUGAAUACUUCAGUGAGCUGCAACCAUGAGUUCAGAUGCAGAAAUGGAAAUAUUUGGCGUUGCUGCCCCCUUUCUCCGAAAAUCAGAGAAAGAAAGAAUUGAAGCCCAGAAUCGUCCUUUUGAUGCAAAAUCAGCCACUUUUGUUAUAGAUGACAAAGUAGCAUAUGUUAAAGGUGCUAUUCAAAGCAAGGAGGGUGGCAAAGUCACUGUUAAAACAGUGGGUGGCCAAACUGUAACAGUUAAGGAAGAUCAAGUCUUUCCACAGAACCCUCCCAAGUUUGAUAAAAUCGAAGACAUGGCCAUGUUAACACACUUACAUGAGCCAGGUGUGCUGUAUAACCUCAAAGAUCGUUAUGCAGCCUGGAUGAUCUAUACCUAUUCUGGCCUUUUCUGUGUCACUGUUAACCCUUACAAGUGGUUGCCAGUGUACAACCCAGAAGUGGUUGGUGGGUACAGAGGAAAGAAGCGUCAGGAAGCCCCUCCCCACAUCUUCUCCAUCUCUGACAAUGCAUAUCAGUUCAUGUUAACUGAUCGUGAAAACCAGUCAAUCCUAAUCACUGGAGAAUCUGGUGCUGGGAAGACUGUCAACACGAAACGUGUCAUCCAGUACUUUGCAACAAUUGCAGCCCUGGGUGAUAAGAAGAAAGAAACAGAGGGAAAGAUAAAGGGAACCCUAGAAGAUCAAAUCAUCCAAGCUAAUCCCUUGUUGGAAGCAUUUGGCAAUGCCAAGACCAUAAGGAAUGACAACUCAUCCCGCUUUGGUAAAUUUAUCCGAAUACACUUUGGAACUACAGGAAAGCUGGCAUCUGCAGAUAUUGAAGCCUAUCUUCUAGAAAAAUCUAGAGUAACAUUCCAGCUGUCCGCAGAAAGAAGCUACCACAUCUUCUACCAGAUUACAAGUAAUCAUAAGCCAGAGCUGAUAGAGCUUCUUCUGAUUACAACUAACCCAUAUGACUAUCCAUUCGUCAGCCAAGGUGAAAUUACAGUGCCUAGUAUUGAUGACAAAGAGGAAUUAAUGGCAACAGAUAGUGCAAUUGACAUCCUUGGUUUCAUCCCAGAGGAAAAGGCUAGCAUCUAUAAACUGACAGGUGCAGUAAUGCAUUUUGGGAACCUGAAGUUUAAGCAGAGGCCACGGGAAGAGCAAGCUGAACCAGAUGGAACAGAAGUGGCUGACAAAGCUGCUUACCUGAUGGGCCUAAACUCAGCUGAUUUACUCAAAGCCUUGUGCUAUCCAAGAGUGAAGGUUGGAAAUGAAUUUGUAACCAAAGGCCAGACAGUGGAACAGGUCCACAACUCUGUUGGUGCCCUCGCUAAAUCUGUCUAUGAAAAAAUGUUCUUUUGGAUGGUUUAUCGCAUCAAUCAGCAGCUGGAUACUAAACAACAGAGGCAGUACUUUAUUGGUGUCCUGGAUAUUGCUGGAUUUGAAAUUUUUGAUUUUAACAGCUUUGAGCAGCUUUGCAUCAACUUCACCAAUGAAAAGCUGCAACAGUUUUUCAACCACCACAUGUUUGUACUGGAGCAAGAAGAGUACAAGAAGGAAGGAAUCGAAUGGACAUUCAUUGACUUUGGCAUGGACCUGGCUGCGUGCAUCGAGCUGAUUGAAAAGCCUAUGGGAAUUUUCUCAAUCCUUGAAGAGGAGUGCAUGUUCCCCAAAGCUUCUGACCAGACCUUUAAGAAUAAACUAUAUGAUCAGCAUCUUGGAAAGUCCAACAAUUUCCAGAAACCAAAGCCUGUUAAAGGAAAGAAGGAAGCUCACUUCUCAUUGGUGCAUUACGCUGGUAUUGUGGAUUACAAUGUUUCUGGGUGGCUGGAUAAAAACAAGGACCCCCUGAAUGAGACCGUCGUUGGACUGUACCAGAAAUCAUCAGUGAAAGUACUCGCUUUCCUUUAUGCUUCAUACGCUGGAGGUGGUAGUGAAGGUGAAAGUGGAGGCAAGAAGGGUAAGAAGAAGGGUGCUUCCUUCCAGACAGUGUCAGCACUUUUUAGGGAAAAUCUGAACAAGCUGAUGACAAACCUAAAAACUACUCAUCCUCACUUUGUCCGCUGCAUUAUUCCAAAUGAGACAAAGACACCAGGAGAACUGGAUCAUCAUUUAGUCCUACAUCAGCUGAGAUGUAAUGGUGUGCUGGAGGGCAUCAGGAUUUGUAGGAAAGGAUUCCCAAGCAGAAUCUUAUAUGGUGACUUCAAACAAAGAUACAAGGUGUUAAAUGCCAGUGCAAUACCAGAGGGACAGUUUAUUGACAGCAAGAAAGCAAGUGAAAAGCUACUGGGUUCCAUUGAUGUUGACCACACCCAGUACAAAUUUGGGCACACCAAGGUUUUCUUCAAAGCUGGUCUGCUGGGUACUCUAGAAGAGAUGCGAGAUGAGAAACUGGCCCAGCUUAUCACUCGUACUCAGGCUGUUUGUAGAGGAUAUCUGAUGAGAGUGGAAUUCAAGAAAAUGUUGGAUAGGAGGGAAGCAAUAUUUACUAUUCAGUAUAACUUCCGUUCAUUCAUGAAUGUCAAGCACUGGCCUUGGAUGAAACUUUUUUUCAAAAUCAAGCCUUUGCUGAAGAGUGCAGAAUCUGAAAAGGAAAUGCAAAACAUGAAAGAGGAAUUUGAAAAGCUAAAGGAAGGCUUUGCAAAGUCUGAGGCAAAGAGAAAAGAACUUGAAGAGAAAAUGGUUGCACUUCUACAGGAAAAGAAUGACCUUCUUUUGCAAGUCCAAUCAGAAGCUGAAACUCUUGCUGAUGCUGAGGAGCGAUGUGAGGGGCUCAUUAAAACCAAAAUACAAUUUGAAGCCAAAGUUAAAGAGGCAAUGGAGAGGCUCGAAGAUGAAGAGGAAGCCAAUGCUGAACUGACCGCAAAGAAAAGGAAACUGGAAGAUGAGUGCUCCGAACUAAAGAAAGAUAUUGAUGAUAUGGAACUUACUCUGGCAAAAGUGGAGAAGGAAAAGCAUGCCACUGAAAACAAGGUUAAAAACCUCACUGAAGAAAUGACUUCUUUAGAAGAAAAUAUUAUCAAACUGACCAAGGAAAAGAAAGCCCUUCAGGAAGCACAUCAGCAAACACUGGAUGAUCUACAAGCUGAAGAAGACAAAGUCAAUACUCUGACCAAGGCCAAAUCCAAACUGGAACAGCAAGUAGAUGAUCUUGAAGGGUCUUUAGAACAAGAAAAGAAGCUCCGGAUGGACCUAGAAAGGGCAAAGAGAAAGCUUGAAGGUGACCUCAAGUUGGCUCAAGAAACAAUAAUGGAUUUAGAAAAUGACAGGCAACAGCAGGAAGAAAAACUGAAGAAGAAAGAGUUUGAAACCAGCCAGUUACUUAGUAAAAUAGAAGAUGAACAAGUACUUGGGGUUCAGCUACAGAAAAAGAUUAAGGAGCUGCAGGCACGUAUUGAGGAACUUGAGGAAGAAAUAGAAGCAGAGCGUGCAGCACGUGCAAAGGCUGAAAAACAAAGAGCCGAAUAUGCCAGAGAACUGGAGGAGAUCAGUGAACGACUAGAGGAAGCUGGCGGAGCAACAUCAGUCCAGAUUGAAAUGAACAAAAAACGGGAAGCAGAAUUCCUGAAACUGCGUCGGGAUCUUGAGGAGGCUACAUUGCAGCAUGAAGCCACAGCUGCUGCUCUUCGGAAGAAACAUGCUGACAGCGUUGCAGAGCUUGGAGAGCAAGUCGACAACCUGCAGCGUGUUAAGCAGAAACUGGAGAAGGAAAAGAGUGAACUGAAGAUGGAAAUUGAUGACUUAGCAAGUAACAUGGAAUCAGUUUCUAAAGGAAAGGUAAACCUAGAAAAGUUGUGCCACAGUAUGGAAGACCAAUUAAGCGAAGCUAAAACCAAGAGUGAAGAAAGCCAACGUAUAAUUAAUGAUAUAAAUAUUCAAAGAGCUCGUCUUCAGACAGAAAAUGGAGAAUUUGCUCGACAAAUAGAUGAGAAAGAUGCCUUAAUUUCACAGCUUUCAAGAAGCAAACAAGCCUUUAUACAGCAGAUUGAAGAUCUGAAAAGGCAACUAGAAGAGGAAAUUAAGGCUAAGAAUGCCUUGGCCCAUGGCUUGCAAUCUUCCCGCCAUGACUGUGAUCUGCUUCGAGAACAGUAUGAAGAGGAACAGGAAGCCAAGGCUGAACUUCAGCGAUCAUUGUCUAAGGCCAAUGGUGAGGUUGCUCAGUGGAGAACAAAAUACGAAACAGAUGCCAUUCAGAGGACUGAAGAGCUUGAAGAAGCCAAAAAAAAGCUAGCACAGCGUCUACAGGAAGCAGAAGAACAGAUUGAGGCUGUAAAUUCCAAGUGUGCCUCACUGGAGAAGACAAAAGUGAGGCUGCAGAAUGAAGUAGAAGAUCUCAUGCUGGAUGUAGAAAGAUCAAACGCAGCAGCCGCAGCUCUGGACAAGAAGCAGAGGAACUUUGAUAAGAUUCUUGCAGAAUGGAAACAAAAGUAUGAAGAAAGUCAGGCAGAGCUAGAUGCAGCCCUGAAGGAGUCACGUUCUCUGGGCACAGAACUCUUUAAAGUGAAGAAUGCUUAUGAAGAAUCUCUGGAUCAACUUGAAACUUUGAGAAGGGAAAACAAAAAUCUUCAGCAGGAAAUUUCAGAUCUAACUGAGCAGGUUGGGGAAUCUGGUAAGUAUAUCCAUGAACUGGAAAAAGCAAAGAAACAGAUAGACCAAGAAAAGUUUGACAUUCAAAGUGCACUGGAGGAAGCUGAGGCAUCUUUGGAACGUGAGGAAGUUAAAGUCGUACGAAUUCAGGCUGAGUUAAAUCAGGUGAAGUCAGAGAUUGACAGAAAAAUUGCUGAGAAAGAUGAGGAACUUGAUCAGAUGAAGAGAAGCCAUCAGCGGGUUGUAGAGUCUAUGCAGAGUGCACUAGAAGCUGAAAUCAGAAGCAAAAAUGAUGCCCUGAGACUGAAAAAGAAAAUGGAAGGUGAUCUUAAUGAAAUGGAAAUUCAGUUAAGCCAUGCAAAUCGUCAGGCUGCUGAAGCACAAAAACAGCUUCGAAAUGUACAGGGUCAGCUCAAGGAUGCACAACUUCACUUAGAUGAUGCCAUUAGAAGCAAUGAUGACUUGAAGGAACAGCUUGCCAUGGUAGAGCGCAGAAGUAGCCUCAUGCAGGCUGAGAUAGAGGAAAUGAGAGCUGCAUUAGAACAGACAGAAAGAGCUCGGAAAGUGGCUGAACAGGAGCUCUUGGAAUCAAAUGAACGAGCACAGCUUCUGCACUCUCAGAACACUGGUCUACUUGCCACAAAGAAGAAACUAGAAACUGAUGUUUCUAAUCUUCAAAGUGAAGUGGAAGAAGCAAUACAAGAAGCGAGAAAUGCAGAAGAAAAGGCUAAGAAGGCCAUCACAGAUGCGGCCAUGAUGGCUGAGGAGCUGAAGAAGGAACAGGACACCAGUGCCCAUCUGGAGAGGAUGAAAAAGAACCUGGAUCAGACCAUUAAGGAUCUGCAACAUCGUCUGGAUGAAGCAGAACAGUUAGCACUGAAGGGCGGAAAGAAACAGAUCCAGAAGCUGGAAGCUCGAGUACGUGAACUUGAAAAUGACCUUGAGGCAGAACAGAAACGAGGUGCUGAAGCUAUAAAAGGGGUUCGCAAAUAUGAAAGAAGAGUCAAGGAACUCACAUACCAGACUGAGGAAGAUAAGAAGAACGUUCUGAGAUUACAGGAUCUGGUGGAUAAAUUACAACUCAAGGUCAAGGCCUACAAGAGGCAGUCUGAGGAAUCUGAGGAGCAAGCCAAUACAAACCUCUCCAGAUUCCGUAAAGUUCAGCACGAUCUCGAGGAAGCAGAGGAGCGGGCUGACAUUGCUGAAUCCCAAGUCAACAAACUCAGGGCUAAAAGCAGGGACAUUGGUUUCAAGAAAACACAAGCUGAAGAGUAGAAACUUCCUGCUAUGAAGAACAGAUGAAGUUCAUACAAUAUGAAUUUCUCCUGUAACAGCAGCACUGUUUGUAAUGUUGUACAUCAUCAAUAAAGCUUUGCAUUUCA